CAGACGGUUCAAAAAAUCAAGCACGCGCCCUUGUUGAAAUACGCACUGACAGAUAUUCUCAACACAAUAAGCCCCCAUAUCAAAAAAAACAAAAAAAAAACAAAAAAAAAAAUAGCUCGUAAAGUUGAACCCGGGCGAACGGUACGGCGAGACGGGAAGUUAGGUGCUGUGCAUACUCUUGUUUAUGUCGGAUCAACCAUCUGGAUGCGGUUGCUAAAAUGUUGGUUAAAUAGUUACAAUUUUGUUUUGCAACCUUUCGUGCUACGCUUUGCAUAGAAAACGCAUCGUCACACAUGACAGUGAAUUUCUACUAUUUUGUAUUUCUGAAUGAAUAUUUGAUGUGAAUUGCUACGUGUGUCUGCGCUGGGGUAAACGGAUUAAUUUACGAAUAAACUCGAUAGAUCGGUUGUGACAUUCGCAGCUCUUGCCUCAGAGGAAAGGAUUUACGAGGAUUCACUUGCAUACUAAGAAAUAGAAUUUAUACGGACUUUGAAGUUGUGUGCAUUGGUUGAAUGCGGCUGAAGUGGGGGUUAAAUGAGAUGGUAACAUUGCUUGGAUUGAAGUUUGAAGAGUGGCCACAACCGCACAAACCCGCACAAUGCAGGCUAUGAAAUGUUGUUGAAUGAGAAUUAUAAGAGCUCUAGAAAAACUAUUGCUGACGCAGAGCUCAUGCCGUUAGAGGAAAUCAAAAAGGUUAAUUACGGCGAAAUUGCCAGAGCAAUUACAAGUCAACAGCCGGAACAUGAGCUCACGACUUUAAGCAGCUCCCCGCGGCGAUUGGUGGCGAUGAUGACGAUACAAUCACCAACAGCAGCAGUAGAGAAAGAGCUAUUCAUGCACGUACCACACUUUGGGAGGGCUGCUAACUACAUAUAAAUUUGCUUUUGUGAGUCCUCUCUUGGCGGCCAGAAGUAACAUGGCAGACCACUUCAAAUACCAAGCAAGCCAAGAAGUCUUUUUCAUCUACAACACUACCAAUAACCUAUGGCUACCGAGUACGGCUGUGGGUUCCAAAGAAGCAACGCCAGAUGACAAUCUGUUUAGUCCAAAUGCUAAUAAUUCCACCUAUUUUGAUUUAGACUACGACUCCUACUACAAGGAGACCGACCCAAUUCGAGCCUUCCUCACCUCCAAGCCCCCAACGACGGAUUUUGGCGAAGGCGUAGAAACUGCAAGUCCAACCAGUGAUGUGCCGGUCAAUAGCCACCUGAAUAAUUAUUGGGCUCUUUUGGCGCUGAUACUUGUAAUUGGAACUGCGGCGGGAAAUAUUCUGGUGUGUUUGGCCAUUGCCUGGGAACGUCGUCUGCAGAAUGUCACCAACUACUUCCUCAUGUCACUGGCCAUAACAGAUCUCAUGGUGGCCGUGCUGGUAAUGCCCCUAGGCAUAUUGACCCUGGUCAAAGGUUAUUUUCCCUUGGGCUCGGAGCAUUGUCUCACCUGGAUUUGCUUGGAUGUGCUAUUUUGUACGGCGAGCAUAAUGCAUUUAUGUACGAUUUCGGUGGAUCGCUAUUUAUCGCUGCGCUACCCUAUGCGAUUUGGUCGCAACAAGACACGUCGACGUGUAACUCUGAAAAUUGUCUUUGUUUGGCUGCUAUCAAUUGCCAUGAGUCUGCCCCUGAGUUUGAUGUAUUCCAAGAAUCAUGCCUCGGUGUUGGUUAAUGGUACAUGUCAGAUACCGGAUCCCGUGUACAAAUUAGUCGGAUCGAUAGUCUGCUUCUACAUACCGCUGGGCGUCAUGCUGUUGACUUAUUGCCUCACUGUAAGGUUGUUGGCUCAGCAGCGGCAGAAUCUCGGUGGUCACAAUCAAGCACCAGCGCCGGGCUGGGCCAGUGGAUGGUUGGGUCAAACACCGGCACUAGAACGUAGGUGUACCUGGCGCCGCCUAUUGAAGACCGGCCACAAUUCCAAUGCAGCUUCAGCUGCCCUGCAUGCCCACUCCGCCAACUCCACCGACACGGAGUUGUCGACUCUGGACAAUCAUGAGUUGUGGUUGCCCGAGUCAAGCGUACCGGAACCCACACCCACCACAAUGACUGCUCUGCAUCAGUUUGGCGCUGAAAUGCUUAAGCUCUCUCGAGGAUUGGAAUCGGUGGUCUCCUCAUCAUCGACGGCUUCGCCCACCAAAUCCGAGCUAUCGUCCGGUUUUCUGCAUAGCCCCCUGCAGAAGCAGCAAUCACUGCAGUCCUCCGGAAGUCACCACCACCAUCAUCACCAUCAACAACAACUGCAAAACUUUCACCACCAUCAUCUGCUGCCCAUGCAAGCGACUGUAAAUUUGCAACAACCACUCGGCAGCUAUCACCUUAAGUCGGCCAUCCAUCAGCAGCAGGCCCACUCGCAUGCCUUACAUCCCUACCACCCACAGCCACUCGAUCUGCAUUUUUAUGCUAAGACCUACUCGCCAUCAUUAGCGAAUGUCCAGCAGUUUUUGCCCAUCAUGAGUGUAACACAGGAUUUGAGGGUACGAAAGCGCUCAUUGUCCGAAGUGCAAGGAGGCCGUGGACUGAUGUGUAGCUAUGCGAAAAAGCGUAGAGCAUCGAUGACAGCCUGUGUUCAACCACCCAAUACGCCAACGACACCCUCAGAGUGGCGAAGGAAUCGCUUUUAUAGUUUGCCCCAGGAUACCCUAUUCGGACGGCAGAUGUCGUUAAUGUCGCUGCAUCACAAUUGUUCGGAGGAAAAGCUGACGGCCAAGGCCAAUGGCUCACCCACUAAGCAGUGCCAUUCAGACACGGAAAUGGAAUCCAGAGAAGACCACAAAAUCUGCUCGGCCAACGAAAGUGAUUCGGAGUAUCUGCAACUGCCGCCAAUUUGCACGUGUCCCUAUUUUGGUAAUCGACCUCUGUCGAACUGCAUUAAGCCGGCCGAGGUGAAGAUCAUACCGACAACUUUCAAGCUGACCACGAGCACUCCUUGUGAUGUUAUCGUCAGUACAUUUGAUGAGUCCAAUUUAGCUUUGGCUACCACCAACACAACCUCCAGUCUCAAUCCGCACACAGUGUCCAUUUUGAACAGCAACCACUCCUCUAGCACGCUGACGGUUGAGUCGAGUAAUGAUGGCUGCUACUUGGCAGCGCCCCAUACGCCAAAGAGAAAACUGAGCAUAUCAAAAACAGCCUCGAUUGUCACUUGGGAUUCGGGUAGGCAUCGUCGAAGGGGUUCAAGUUUUGGUGGUGCCCGCACCUCCCUGCUACUGACUCCCACUAAAACCGGUGGUCUAACUACCUCGACUUCGGCUACGCCCUUGAGGAGAUCAGCCACCUUAAGAAGCCACAACAACAUGAACUACACUGCAGUCGACAUGACGACCACCUCCAGUGGCAUGAAAAUCAAGUCCAAAUCGCCACACUCUUCGCCCUGCUUGUUGCAACGCAAUCAGACUGUACGCUCGCACCACUCUCGCAAUUCAAGUGUCAUAUCGAGAAAUUCAUCCCGCCAUGGGCGUAUCAUCAGACUGGAGCAGAAGGCGACCAAGGUUUUGGGUGUGGUCUUCUUCACGUUCGUCAUUCUCUGGUCACCGUUUUUCGUAUUGAACCUUCUGCCCACGGUGUGCGGUGACUGCGAGGAAAACAUCGAUCACUGGGUCUUCGACGUGGUCACGUGGCUGGGUUAUGCCAGCUCCAUGGUCAAUCCGAUAUUUUAUACCAUAUUCAACAAAGUUUUUCGCCAGGCCUUUAAAAAAGUGCUACUCUGCCGAUAUUCCAAUUCCUCUUCCAGUUGGCGACCGCACAGGUAGCACACACCACCUCAAACACUCACCUCAAAUAAGGUCUUGGCCAUUGAGGCAAGUCUUGCAACAGCCGCUACUGGCAAACCCAGUCAGACAGAUAUCCUUACAAAAAACUUUCGAUGGCGUUCGUUUGCAAAAAGCUUUAACAGUCGCGGCAGAUGAGAUGUCAGCGGCCCCUUGCUGUAGUUGCUGUUGUUCCAGACAAAUUGAUGAUGCCUGACAAAACAUCAUAAUUGAUAAAGGAGCCUAUUGAACUGGGCAACCCAAUGUCUAACUGAAAGGCCAGUGGUCCUGGUCUCCACAGUGCAGUAGAUUGUGAUAAAGUUAAGCACUCUGGGGGCUACUGUAAAUAUCUGAGAAAAAAAAAACUAUUAGCGAACAUGUGAAUAUAGAUGUACGAUUUUAUUGUUGUUAAGCUAUUUUAUACUUCCCCAUUACCUAUGACCCUGAAAACCGUCGAAGUGCGGAUGACCAUUGGUCCUGACACACUUCAGUGGGACCAGUACCAAAACCCAUUGCACAAAUAGUAGUACCUUAAACUCCUCGAAUAAACUCUGUGAUGCAUCGGAAUUACGCUUUGUCGAAAUUAAAAAAGAAGCCUCUGGGAAUUACGGCCUACACUGAAAAAAUGUUUGUCCUAAUUUUAAAGAUUCAAGCCAAAGAUGAUCAAUUUUCCAACUUUCCCUUCGGUGAAAAAAAAAAGAUUAUUUUAAAUGGUAGGUUAAUAAAUCCCUAACUUUGGGUAUUGUUAUUAAGGGCAAAAAUCUAAACUGAAAGACAAAAUAUCGUUGAUGGUUAGGAAAUUUGCCUUUCGACAAGACAGUGAACCGUAUUUAAAUACGCAAAAUAACCUUAGCAUCUUUAAAUGUUAUUUUUUUUUUUUUUAAUAAAGAUGCUAAGUUUAAAAAACACAUUUUCAAAAAUGAAUAAUUAAAGUAAAAUAAGAACCAAUCAUCGAUCAUAAUUUAAAACGGAUGGUCAUGUCAGUUAGUAUAUAGGAAAUUAAAUUUAAAAAUCUCAUGCUUAUUUUUAAGUUUUGAUUGUUUGCCUCGUUUUCAUUGCUAAAAUCCUACGUUAUAGGGAAAAAUUUUAAAUUUUGGGACAACUUUUUUUUUUCAGUGUAUGCUUAUCACCACAAUAAACAUCCCACAUAAUUUUAGAAUUGUACUAAACACCGCCUUAUUGGUAAGAGGCCUUGACUACCACACAUGCAUGAUGAGCGGUGCAGCUUUUGAAUAGCUUUCAGCUUAAGAUAUAAUGGAAGAUGUUAAAUUUGAUUCGUGUGGUCUUUUGAAAAUUUGAUCAAAGAUAACUUUUCGAUUUCAUUAGGGAGCGGAUGCGGUGAUUACGUAAACAUUCAUGUGUGGAAAGCGUGGAAAGGGUAAUUGAAAAUCCGUUUCCCAUUUUGUUUCCCAUACCAAUCCAAUCCUAAUGUUUUAGUAGAUGCGAUGCAUAAAUAAAUACUUACACUAGUGGACAAAAGUAUUCGCACAGUAACAUUUACGGCCUCAAUAAGACAUGGAGAGAUUUUAUUUAAAAACUUAAAAAGUCUUGAAAAACAAGGUACCUAUUUAACCCUUAGGUCACAUUCUUUGUGUAUUUGUAUCAAUUUUGCCAUUCAACCCAAAUUUUAGUGCAUAAUUUAUACAGGGCUCUUCCGAUUUUCAAAAACGCAAAGCGGAAGGUUUUCUGUGCAAACCUUUCCACAUUAAAGUUGGAAUACAAACCAUUAUCAAUGUUCUAUCCAUUACGAGGAUCUUCAAGUGAUUUCAAGCCUCAAAAGUGUAAGGUUUGGAAAAUAUACGCAAAAGGAAUUUUUUGCGUUUUGCGAAUUCGAAAACCGGAACAGGCCUGAUAAAUUUUAAGAGCUGGAACUCCACCGCAUAUUUUACUCCGUAUAAAGUAUACAGUGAUACAGCUAUACCAGGUCAUAGAACGGAUUUCCCAAUUUGUUUGGCAGUUGUUGAUUUCUAAGUUCAAGUUAUACAUUGAAAAUCAAAGUGCAAUGCAAUUUUAAUGACUGCCUAAUUAUUAAGUUAAUAUUUCCUCAUAACCAAUGAGCAUAAUGCGCAUUUUUGUGCAAAAUAAAGUAGCAUUACAACUUGCGUUGUAAUUGUAGCGUUGAUUACAAGUCAUUCGUUCUUGAAACAGCAACGAAUGAACAUAGGUACAGGUAUUGCCAUAAGUUUUAUGGUUUUAUUUCAAAAACAAUGAUUUUAAUUGAUUGAAUGAACGCUUGAAAAGGAGAAAAAAAAGAUUUCAGUUUUCUUGUCUAAUGUUUAUGUUUGCAAAACACCAAUCAUACAGUCCAAAAAAUGAUUGUUUACAUAUUGAGAGAAUCAAAAAUACUCAAAGAAAGUAUUUCACACAUGCAGUCUCAUUUUCAUUCUGGGCAUCGCUGCUUUAGUUCAACUGUCCAUUCAUGCAAAGAUGAUUCCAUUACAAUAGCCAACAGUACCUAAAGAAAUAUUACUAUUUAGCCUUAACUUGAUUCAAACUGACAUUUUGUUUUUAGCCUAUUUCGCAGAAUUUUAAGAUAACCUGUAAAAUAGUUUUUUUUUUAACUUUUUAAUAAUAGUUAAUUUUUUCGAAUUAACAAUGACUCACAGGUAAACAUUUUUGCUGCAAACAUUGAGGGAUUCUAUAUUUAGUUAGAGUCUUCGAUGCUAUUAAGAACUAUUCGUUUCCAUUCGGCCGUUAUUCGUAAAGACUUUUUCCAUUUUUUUCCACAUUGUAAAUAAGUGAAACUUCAAUUUGUAUUUUACAUAAUUUUGCCUUUAGGGCAGUAACAAUUGAUGCAUUUUAAGUACGUCUGAGCCUGUAAGUGAGCCGAAAAAACUGUGUGUUAUCUAAGAACAAUAGUGGCAAUAGCCUCUAACCAGUUUGAAACUUUCAUCUGUUUGAAUACUUUUGUCCCGUUGUGUGAAUAUCUGUUCGUGGUUCCUGUUGUUAGCAAUUUGCCAUUUAACAUUUAGGAUUUUGAAUUUGUUUUAUACUUUUUUUCUAUUUCUUUUGAAGUUACUUGUUUAUGAAAUAGAUUUGUAUUUACAUACACACAUGCACACCUACGUUCCUAGAUAACGCAGAUGUGUGCUUCGUAUGGGUGUGUGGUUGUUUGUGCACUAAGUUAUUGUAUUUAUGUAAGUAGGAGCUUUUAUUUUUGUUUUUUGUUUCUUAUUGUUAUUGGGUUUUCUAUCUAAAAAGAAAAAAAAAAAACAAAACAAAAAGAACAUAACAUCAAACAGCUCUCUUUGUACCAUACGACGAUAAAUGUUUGGAUGUAUGUAUGUAUAGCAAUGAAAUAUAGAAUCAACUCCAAAUAGCAAACCCA